AUGUUCGCGACUGCCGGGAAACGUCUUUUGAAACCAAAAGUUUUCUUAGGCGUGUCUUCCAUUACAAUACUUGGUGGUUCUAUUUUAUAUUUUAAUGCAAAGACUAAAAAAUCUCCUUUGGCAGAUUAUACUAAUUUAAGUCCCGUAAAGACUCUAGAAUCUGUAGCUGUGAAAGAAGUUUCAACUCCAAGUCGUGAAACUUUGUUAGAUAAAUUAUCUUCAACUCCGCAAUUUGAUGUAUUAAUUAUUGGUGGUGGUGCAACAGGUACAGGUUGUGCUGUUGAUGCAGCAACAAGAGGUUUAAAUGUCGCAUUAGUUGAAAAAGCGGAUUUUGCUUCAGGUACAUCUUCUAAAUCUACUAAGAUGGCUCAUGGUGGUGUUCGUUAUUUAGAGAAAGCUUUCUUAGAAUUUUCAAAAGAUCAAUUAGAUUUAGUUGUCGAGGCUUUAAAUGAGAGAGCUCAUUUAAUUAAUACAGCUCCACAUUUAUGCAAAAUUUUACCUAUCUUGAUUCCAGUUUAUACAUAUUGGCAAAUUCCAUAUUUUUAUGCUGGCUGUAAAUUUUAUGACCUUUUCGCAGGUUCACAAAAUUUGAAAAGUUCUUAUCUUUUAUCAAAAUCAAGUGCAGCAGAAUUAGCACCAAUGCUAGAUUCAUCAAAAUUAACCGCAGGACUUGUUUAUCAUGAUGGUUCAUUUAAUGAUUCACGUUUGAAUUCAACUUUAGCAAUUACAGCCAUAUCAAAAGGCGCUACUGUAUUAAAUUAUAUGCAAGUUCAACAAUUAAUUAAAGAUGAAAAAGAUAUUGUUAAAGGUGCUAUAGUUAAAGAUGUUGAAACUAAUAAAAUUUAUGAAGUUAUGGCUAAGACUACUGUUAAUGCAACAGGACCUUAUAGUGAUCAUAUUUUACAAAUGGAUAAUAAUAAAAAUGGUUUACCGGAUAUCGAUUCAUCAAAUUAUCAUUCAGAUGAUAUCACUCAACAAAUUGCUGUUAAAAAUCCGAAGAUGGUUGUUCCAUCAUCUGGUGUUCAUAUCAUUUUGCCAAGUUUUUAUUGUCCAAAAAAUGUGGGUUUAUUAGAUGUAAGAACUUCUGACGGUAGAGUAAUGUUUUUCUUACCUUGGCAAGGAAAAGUUUUGGCAGGAACAACUGAUAUACCUUUAAAACAAGUACCAGAGACUCCAACUGCCACUGAAGCAGAUAUUCAAGAUAUCUUAAAAGAAUUACAACAUUAUAUUAAAUUUCCUGUAAAGAGAGAUGAUGUCUUAAGUGCUUGGGCUGGUAUUAGACCUUUAGUGAAAGAUCCAAGAAUCAUUGAAAAUGAAGGAGGUAAAACUGAAGGUUUAGUUAGAUCUCAUUUCAUAUUCACUUCACCUUCUAAUUUAAUUACUAUUGCAGGUGGGAAAUGGACUACUUAUAGAGAGAUGGCAGAAGAAACAGUUAAUGAGGUUGUAAAAGUUGGAAAUUUUAAAGAUAUUAACCCUUGUUCAACAAGAAAAUUGAAACUAAUUGGUGCAGAACAUUGGAAUCCAAAUUUAGAAGCGUUAUUAGCACAAAAAUAUAAUUUAUCUUCAAAGAUGGCUCAACAUUUAGCUGAUAAUUAUGGUACAAGAGCUCCUUUAAUUUGUGAAUCCUUUAAACAAAAUAAUAUUAAUCAAUUGCCUGUCACUUUAGCGACAAAUUUCCAAAUUUUAAGUGAAAAGGCCCCUUCAAGUAAUUCAAAUGAAGUUGAUACUGUUGCUGAUAUUCAUAUCAUUGAAAAUAAUGAAAUUAAUCCAUUUGAUUCCUUCCGUUAUCCUUUCACUAUUGGGGAAUUGAAAUAUUCUAUUCAACAUGAAUACACAAGAACAGCUUUGGAUUUCUUACUAAGAAGAACAAGAUUUGCAUUCCUUGAUGCAAGACAAGCAUUGAAUGCCGUAGAUGGUACAGUCAAAAUUAUGGGAGAUGAACUUAAGUGGGAUGAUAAGAGAAGGUCUAAAGAAAUAGAAGACACUAAACGUUACAUAAAAACUUUUGGUGUUUAA